CUUCUCUAUCGAAAAUAUAUUGAUAGUUUCUUGGGACCUUAAUGAUAUUGAACUCGCAUAUCAGCACUGACAGAGUUUGGUUUUCCCAUAUCUACAUGUAUGUGACGUGUUUAUUUAUUGAUGCUUUUCGGAUAUAUACUUAUCACCUGUAUUACCUAACAAGAGACUAGAGAAACAUUGUGUUUUUAAUUAUAUGACGCUGCUAUAAGUAAUCAUGGUUUAAAUCAUCAACUAGAAUCAAUAUAGUAGUGUAACACUUUUACAAAAGGACUCGACCAUGUCAGCUGUAACUAGCAUCAUGUCAAUAAUAGUCGUUGCGUGCCUGGUGAUUUUAGUUUCAUCUGACGAAUUGUUUACCUCUAAAGUAGAUUCAGAGGCGGACGGAAGGAUAAGAGAUGUUUACUUCAACAAGGAUGACCAGUAUCAAUGCUCAGAUCACAAGUUGCCAGUCAACGAUUCUUACAUUGUUCAGUUUGACUCGCUCUCUAAUGUCAACAAUGCCUAUCAUGUCCUUCUCUUGGGAUGUUCGGAGCCGUACCACAUAGAAAGGGAGGGAGCGUUGAACUGUCGGAAGGUUUGUCGCAGUGCGGAGAAGAUCCAGUUUACCUUGCCUGGGCGUGUUCGAGACCAGGGCAAUGUUGUGGACGCUGUAAGCGGCACAGGGUAUACACCACAACAUGGCACUGAAGAUAAGGAGGAUUUGACCGAGGUCAGAGAGUUGCUGGUGUACGGGACAGAUCCGCACUUACAGAUACAAACGGGAAAUGGUUCAGUAAAAACUACCGAUGUAUCAGAGACUGCAGAAUUGUUAAAAGACCCAUCACUUACUGUAGAUACAGAGAAAAUCAAUACAGAUGGAACGAAAACGUCUAUGAAAGAGUACUGGGAUGAACAUUCCAAGGAUGCAUCCAUGCAAGAAAUGAUGCUUGACAACGACGCAGAGGAACUCAGCAAAGAUGAGCUGCCCGAGAUACUAUCAUAUCUACCCAAAUAUGAUAACUUAGAUGUUGUUGAACUUGGAGCAGGCAUAGGUCGAUUCACGACUCACCUGGCACAGAAGGCGGGGAAGGUACUGGCUGUAGAUUUUAUGGAGAAUUUUAUCGAAAAGAAUCGGGAAAUCAACAAGAAUUUGACAAACAUAGAUUACCUCGCUGCGGAUGUGAUGGAUAUGGAAUUAAACGCUGACGAAUGGGAUCUUGUGUUUUCUAAUUGGCUCUACAUGUAUCUUGAUAAUGACGAACUCACUCACUUCUUACGAAAUUCGCUGUCCUGGCUACGGACGGACGGAUAUAUGUUCUGUAGGGAGUCCUGCCUACAACAGUCUGGCAGCAAAGUGCGAACCAUCAACCCUACGUACUACAGAGAUCCUCUGGUGUACGAAUCUUUGUUCGCUAGUGUGACCAUCCCCACGGAAGACGGGCGAGCAUUUUACGGCUUUGAAAAGGUCUUUUCUAAAUCUGUCGAUACGUAUAUCAAGGUGAAAAACAAUGAUAAUCAACUAGUAUGGUUGAUACAGAAGGUGAGACGGGAAUAUGAUACCAGUAAGGAUUUUGCCAUCCUCCCGCAACUCAAGGAACAAAGAAAAUUAGAAACUUGUCACAUUUUACGCCGAGAGGAGCUGGUCGGAAGAGGAUUUGUGAAAACAGGAGGACUUGAAAUAGCCAAGAUGAAAGCAGAAAUGCUCAAUCUUCAGCCAGGUCAGCGGGUACUAGACUUUAGUUGUGAAACCGGAGGUUUUGGUAUAUAUAUCGCAAAGACGUAUGGUGUGGCUGUUGUGGCCAGUGAUUCAUCGUCGACAUUAGUACACAUUGGACGGGAAAGAGCAAAGGAGGCUGGCAUGGCGCAGGAUGUACAAUUUGAGGUUGCAUCCAUAACAAGAAGGAUACACAACCCGGACACAUUUGACGUCAUAUACAGCCGUGACGUCAUCGGAGAAAACAAGAAUGUACUGACUGUACUUCGACGAUUGUAUGAAUCCAUGAAGGCUGGAGGCCGGCUGUUGAUGUCGGAAUACUGUAUAGACGACGAUAUGGAAGAUCUAGACUUAGAUAACGAUGUGUUUGACGAGGAACUGGACCAUAACAGUAACGUGCCGAACAAGGUACUAUCGACAGGGGCAUUAAUUGACAUGAUGAAAGAAGCAGGAUUCAUUAAAGUAUCAGCGAUAGAUAAAACGGACGAUAUACUGCGGGCACUUGAACGGGAAUUGCUUCUUGUUAAGGAACAAUCUGAUGCUGAAUGUGCAGACACACUUACAGUUAGGAGAAAGAUAGUUAAUAAGCUUAAAAGUGGGGAUUCAUGGAUGAUUUUCUAUGGAGAAAAACAAUUAUCGUAAAUGGAUUUGAAAUUGGUCAAAAUAGAAAUGAAAAUCGUAUACAUUGCAACAUAUAUUUAUAUCCUCUCAUUAAUAUUCACAUUAUAUCCUUAGUGUGACGCUCCUCGUUUAUGUCUACAGUAAAAAUAAUAAAGUACUCGUCGAUUCAUUUACCAUCUCGCUAACCGCCAGCAUUUCCAAUAACCACCUUCCCUUUCAAUUCCUUUAUGCGCCCCUCAUUAUGCUACAUUUUACUUGUCAAAUAUGGGAUUUAACAAUAUUUUGUUAAAGCUCAUUCUAUAUGUUCAUACAACUUUCCGAACUUUAUUUGAUUAAUAGCAUAGGCAAAGGAAUUAGACACAGCUUAGCUUACUUCCUCUUCUUUUAAAUAAUUAAUUGCACAGGGAUAUUAUAAUUCAACUGGCAGCAUACGUGAUGUAUCGUUCAUAUCGAUACACAAAAUAACAUUAUUACAUGUAAGUAUAGGUGGAUAUGAAACAAUAUUUUUCCAAAUACAUACAUCAUA